CAAAAGGCCCUGCCAAUCUACUGCAGAGGGUGUGAGCCACAGUGACUAGGUGAACAAGAACAAGCACAGAUACAAGAAGGGUAUGGCACCUAGAACUGUGUGCUUCCAUUUCCACGGAAUCCGAAGCUGGUGCAAGCAUCACGUUCCCUUGCCGGUGCUGAAUUUCUUCUUCGGCGAAGCGCAGCAGUGCAGAGUGCUGCGCAUCGUGUUUGGCUUUGUCUUUGGACUUUUCAUGGGAUACUGUCCGAUAGAGAGUAUGAUGACCAAUAGCAAGGUUGCUGUGGACUCGUUCAUGUGCCUCGGCGCUCUGUCCUACAACCACACCAAGGAACGCCUUCUGCUGAUGUACAAGCCCAUCAAGCGGAUCAUCUGGGACUUCGACGAGCAGGCGAAGAUAAUCCACAACGAAACAGCGGCCAUUGACGAAGAGGUCAAACCAAUUGAAAAAGAGGUAUCCGGCGACGUCCGUGAAGAGAGGGCGCUUGAAGCAGACGCCGAGUACGUUGACAAGGUGUCCGACAAUGAUCCACGCUCGAAGCUGGUGAGAGAGAAAUACGAGGAGCUCAAGAAGGAGCUCGAGAGCGAUGACGAGUUCGAGGCCGACUACGCCAAGAAGCUAGAGCUGCGAUGCGAAGGCAUUUUCUCUCAAGGAGUCAGGGCUUGCCGAAACGCUUUCAAGUCGGCCGAGACGCGCUGUUUCGAGGCGCUAUCUAUCCUUGGCUACCUGUUCUGCUGGCCGAUGAAGCUAACCAUACUGUGUCACGUUGUUAGUACUUUUCUUGGUAAGAGAACCUGCGACGGCCUGCAACCCAUCAAUGCGGGAUUUGGUCAGAGCAUCUCGGCCAUGGAGGCCGUCAAGCGGGAAUUCGACGCCAACUUUAAGGUCAACGUGCAGUACAAGCUGAUAACUCCCGAAGAUGCGAUCAACGUCAUCAGUCCCGAAGACCUGGCUAAGGGCGUGCAAGCCGAGUUUGAAAAUCGACACAGAGCCAUCCCUCUUUUUGCAGUUGCACUUAGUCGACUCUUCGCCGUCGUUCUGCUCUCUGCCGUCUUAGAGGCUAAGGGGUACGUAGAAAGCUACCUAGACGACCUGGCCUUUGACAACAUCUACGUUACCGAAUACUUCUGCAAGAUCGACGAGAGGCGAGCGCGAAAGGGUCUCAACACGCUACUGCCGCUCAAGCGCUACGAAGCCAUCGACAUAUACGACCCACUGGAGUUCCGCUUCUCACGCAAAGAAACAACACUUGUGGUGCGUGCGGUCGCCUCCGAGCUCGUGCACGUGGCCUUCGGCAGCAUCGUGCUCGGCCUGGAUUACCUUAUCUACGACGUACUGGACAUAAUACGACGCAACGCCGACGUCGAGUUCAUUCAGGAAGGCUAUCAUCGCAUCGCCCUGCAAGUGUUUGGGACAGGUGCCGUGAGUAAUCUAGUGCGCAAGAUCUUCAAGGACUUCGACAUCGAAGAGAAGCUUGAGCGCAUCGCCAGCAACGCGCAUUGCUUGCCGAACCCAGUGAGGACGUCUCGCUGGCUGAUCCUCAGGCUGUACCUCAUCUACGGCUCCCUUGUCGGGCUCGUGUUCGCCCAGCUGUUCGCAACGAGGAUGAGGAGAGCAGUGUGUGGCUACUUCUUCGGCAAGCGGGAGAAAAAGCGUAUUCUGCACUUGUACAACAAAAUGCUGAAACAGAGGACGAGCUACCUGCGAUACGUGCGCCGCCGGAUCAGGAAGCUCGUACGGGACCGGGAGUUUGACCUCGACGUCGGAUGGUUCGAGUUUGUGCGCAAGAUGGCGCCACGUACCUACCGCCUGCUUCAGCUGCUGGGCAUCGCCCACCAGCGCUGCUGCCUGGUGUGCGGGGACCCAGAGGACUCUGUCUCGUAUGUGUGCCCCACCGAGGUGUGCCAGUGCAUCUACUGCUUUCCGUGCUGGAGCGAGAUUGGGAGAUGCUACGCCUGUGAACCCUCGGAGGACGAAGAGUCACCGUUGUCUGGCGAAAGUCCGCCAUUUGUUGCUUAAGUAAGACUGCCGUCAUUAGCUGUAUAUGUUUUCAGUUAAGCUGAAGUUAUGUGAUAUAUUUUAUAGUUUGCAGCAUGUCACUUGAAACGCCGACAAUAACGGUUUUUUUAAUAAAGAUACGAU